UGAGUCACCGAGUCACUGCCCCCCCGCACCUAGAAUGACUCCAAACAUACUCCGUACUACGCACCUAGGACUUACUUUUUUCUUUUUUCAAGCUUCCCGCUCCCCUCACUCACUCACUUACACCCACCCCUCCUUACAAUAUAAUUAGAAGCGGAAAAUAACUCUUUACAAAUUAUCUACCUACUGGUAUCGACAACUUUUGAAGCCGUACAAGUUUAUUGAGGGGCAUUCACAUUUACGCAAAAUACUCGACAUCCAAAAUACAAUCUCAAAUUCUAACCUCCGAGCAACUCCUCUUCUUCUUCCCCUCCUCCUUCAAAAUCACAAUCUCCAACCAUUUACACACACCCCAUCGACAUCUAUAAAAAAAACAAUAUGGCUCCAGUUCAUAGUGGAGGAUAUGCGCCAAAUCUUGGUGCAUACCUGAAAUCAUUGAAAGGACAACCAAUUGAGUCAUCUAUAGAAAAUUUAAUAUCGUACGUACUUUUCCAUGAUCUUUGAAAGACAAUAAAUUCACCACCUUUAGACUUUUGAAACGAAGGCAGAUAAGAACUCCAAGAUCAUGCGCCAUAGCCACCGCUCACUUAUUACUCCAAGUUGUCGCAAAGCAAAGAUGGACGGAUAUCACAAAAGUCUUGGAGCGCAUUCGGAAAGUGGGACAAAGAUUGAUUGAAGCCCAACCAAGGGAAAUGGUCGUGGGAAACAUCGUUCGCAGAGUCUUGGGUAUGAUCAGGGACGAAGCAAAAGAGGACCGCACCGAAGACGUCAGUGAUUCAGCAUCAACCAGUCAAAUUGGGUCGCCCAGGCGUGAGGGCUUCAGCGAUGUGGGACUAUCGAGGCUGGCACAGAGUUCACGGCCUCCUUUGAUGACCUCGCAUACUUCUUAUGCUGCUCAGCAUAACGCCCCUGUGCAGCAGUCAAUGUUCAAUCUCUUGUCGGUUGCUCCUUCUCCGGCUUCGACACCUCCAGGGACCUCGUCUCCUCAUGGCAGAUCUGUGUUGGAUAUGACUUCGCUUGCGAACAAGAUGGCCUCCACCACGAGAGAUCUCAAAGCGGAAAUCAUAAACGGCAUCGAGGAGAUUAUUGAUGAGCUCGACCAAGUAGAUGAUCAAAUUUCUAGUUACGCACAGGAACAAAUUUCUGAGAGAGAAGUCAUACUCACACAUGGUACCUCGAGGAGUGUUCAAAAGUUCUUGCUAAAAGCUGCAGAGAAGAGAAAGUUCACUGUGGUGGUUGCUGAAUCGUACCCAAAUGAACACGCAACAACUCAUUCUACCGUUACAGGAAUGGCGGAGCAAGACACCGAGGGCGACUUGAGCACAAAAACAUUUCUGAAACCACUCUCCGCCGCUGGAAUUACUGUUACUGUUAUAACCGAUGCCGCAGUAUUCGCGGUAAUGCCAAGAAUCACCAAGGUCAUUUUAGCUACUCAUACUGUCAUCGCCAAUGGUGGACUGGUAGCCGCAGCCGGGGCACGCAUCAUCGCGAGAGCAGCAAAAUUUCAUAGAAUACCAGUCAUCGUUGUUAGUGGUAUUUACAAGCUCAGUCCUGAAUAUCCUUUCGAGUUUGAGUCCCUUAUCGAAUAUGGCGACCCCGGAAAUGUAGUUGGAUUUGAGGAUGGUGAAUUUGUAAAUAAGGUUGAAAUCGACAACCCUCUUUUUGACUAUGUCUCUCCUGAUUUAGUUGAACUCUACAUUACCAACCUGUAAGUUUCCAUACUCUCAUUCGACGAAUAGUACUGACAAAUUCAAUAAGAGGACCGCACGCACCUUCUUAUCUAUACAGGAUCGUCGCAGAGCACUAUAAACCAGAAGAUAUAAAUUUCCACAAACCGGAACUCCAGUUUUAAAUGCAUUUUAGGUACCUAUAAAUGUAGAAAUGAAUUUGUUUUAGCGAGGACGAAGAGCUUGGAAGCUAUUCACUCUUUGUACUCAGGUAGUUUCAAUACAAAAAUCAUCCUCCGGAGCUCCAUCCUAAUUCCCGAGUUAUGCAUUCCAUUUAUAAGAGGAAUACACAACAAGGUGUCACCUGUGCAGCUUCUGCAACUUACACGACACGAAUCAAGCUGCAGUGAAGGAGCUGCAACGUCGAUUGCAAAGGUAUGGUUCUAGGCCCUAAUGAUAUGCAAGGAAUCGUUCGAGAACUCUUCGAAGCGGCAAGCCCUUCAAAACAAUCUGCAAAUUCAUCGCAUCGGACGAGUUGCUGCUAAAGGCUCCAAAUACAACACGUUACCCAUAAAUCCGGCAGUCGAUGA